AUGAACAGUGGGAGCAGAAGCACCGGGUGAAAAUGGCUUUAAAUUUGCUUAGCAAAUUUCGUGCUUUAUCGCUCACCCCACCUGCAAGUAGCAGUGCAGCACUAACAAUAAGCAGAGGAUACUAUGUUUACAAAGAUGACAAUUACAAAACCAUUCCAGCAAGAUUUAACUUCAAGCGCAAGCACUAUGUUGAAAAAUUCAAGAGGGACAGAAAGUUAAAGUUUAUCAAGAUUGAGUUGCCUGAUAUGAAUGAAGAAACCGAUGUCCGCAAACUGACCCCUGAUGAGAUUCGGGCAAAGGUUAGUAAAGAGAGAAGUAUAGGAAAAGAGGGAUGAAUUGAGAGGGAAAAGGAAU